AUGACACCACACCAGACGCGUCGUUCGGGGCUACUUUGGCCCAGAAUUGCAGUUGGAAUUCCCCCUGAGGAACAACAACUGCAUCAGGAGACAUGUGCUGACGCUCCGCAAGAUGCAGCCAAACGGUCUGCCGCUAAACUAUCGCCUUUCAAGGAGGGUGACAAAUCUCUGGAAUGCGCUUCCGAAGGACAGCAUAUUCAGACUGAAACUCGCCAGAGCAGAAGCACUGAUCUGGUGUGA